AUGGACGCCAAGGCCCUGGCUGAAGCGGAGAAGGAAGCCGAGGAGGAGCUGGCGGCCCACGCGGCGUUCGAUGCCGAGAUGGAACGAUGCAGGGUGGCGGUCGCCGCAGCCGGAGAGGACGACGACUCCGACAUCUCAUGGUCUUCCGAUGACCCUGAUGCGCCUACCCGGAGGAGAAGACGGCGGAGCAGAGAGCCCCCGCUCUUCACGCCGCUGCCAAGCACGCCCUCCCGCGCCGCCGCCAGGGGCUCGCGCCGCCUCCAGGGAUUCGCGCCACCGCCGGGGGCCUCGUCGCCAACCACGCCCUGGAGCGCCGCCGCCCGUCCCUGGACGCCGCCCGAGCAUGUACGCCCCCCGCCGCCGCUGGACCACCAUGCUGCCCGCGUGUCGGUGCCCGGCCAGACGCGCCUCAGCUCCCGGCGGCCAGACGCGCCUCAACAGGCCCCGCGUCGGCCCUUCCUCCUCCAGCGCCGGAAAGAGGCCAGACGAGCCAGCGCCGGCGCCCUACGGCCCUCCUUCCGCCGCCUCCCACCACCGCCGGCGCCCCACGGCCAGUCAUCGCCGACGAUCUGCUCCCAGCAUGGCUGA